UGUGACUGCGGCUGUGAAAGCUGACGGUUCUAUAAGCGCGUGCAGUAUAAAUAAUAUCAACUUAAUAUAAAAGUCUUAUUUAGUUACGCGUCGGAAUCGCAGUCUCUCGUGAGCGUGCUUUUUGCUUUCAACCUGUUUCAGCAACAUUGUGAAUGUCAGCCGCAAAGUGUAAAAAGCAAGAAAUUUUGGCCCAAAAGCAAACAAACAAGAAUCAUUAUAAACCGCAAUAAAACAGACAACUCUAACGCUUUAGCGCUCCAGCUUUGCUGACAAUUUAUAAAAACAGCUAAGGCAAUUGAAAACAGACUAUUUUGGUGCGCACAAUAAACACAAUUAAAGAGUUGGCUGGCUCCAACUCUCAGCGUCAACAUAACCAGCCGCCAUGGACGACGAAUUCAAGCUUUGUUGGAAGAAUUUCCAGGAUAAUAUUGCCAGUGGCUUCCAAAAUUUAUACGAUCGCGGCGAUCUGGUGGAUGUGACGCUAGCCUGUGAUGGCAAACUGUUGCAGGCGCACAAAAUUGUGCUUGCCAUUUGCAGUCCGUACUUCCAGGAGAUAUUCACCACGAAUCCUUGCCAGCACCCCAUCAUUAUACUUAAAGAUGUCAGCUUUAAUAUUAUGUGCGAGUUGCUGGAGUUCAUGUACCAGGGCGUGGUGAAUGUGAAGCAUACAGAGCUGCAGUCUUUUAUGAAGAUUGGACAGCUGCUGCAAAUCAAAGGAUUGGCCACCAAUUCAAACGCUUCACCCGGCUCAAGCGCGUCGGAGAAGUCUGCGCAUCAGGCUGUCGUCGGCGAUGAUACCAACAAUUCCAGCAGCAAUCAUAGCAAUAACAACAAUAAUAGUAAAUCGGAAGCGGAACCACAUGACGCCAGCAACAAAAACAUAAGCAACAGCAACAAUACGCAAAACAACUCACGCACUCCGACGCCAGCUUCACCCACUGGCAACCCAGUGGCAAGUCCACUUUAUGCCAGCAGCAAACGCUUGGCGCCUACGGAUUUCAACAGCGAAGCCCUAUCCAUACAUUCACGCAAGCAACAGCGUCGCUUGUUGCCGGAACAGGCCGGCGAAAGCGGCAGCGAGCAUGUGGACAAUGCAGCUGGAGCUGGCAUGGACAACGCGCUCAAUUCAGACGAGUUCUUUAUGACGCCCAUACCGCAUUUAUCCAUGGUGGAGUCUCGCUACGAUCUGAACAGUCUGAAGCGUGAGAGCGAGGCGCAUCAGCAGGCCGGCAGUAACAGUGCCGCCAACCCAAGCACCAUGCGCAAUCCGUUUGCGCCCAACUUUAUGGACUACAACAGUUUUUACAAGACAGGCAACAGCAGCAGCAACAUGAGUGGCCCCGCCGGCGGCAACAAUGGCAAUGGCCUGGGUGUCGCCGCCAGCACAGAGUACCCCAAUGAGCUGUAUAUGCCCAGUGAUUACUCCAAGAAUUUUGCCAAUCAUAUGGAUAUACCGUCAAAUGGCAGCAACAUGGUUAUGCUGUCCACCACAUCGCUGCUGCAUGGCAAUUGCGUUUUCAAUCGCAACAACACAGUGGCCACGCAGCAGGGCAUGAAGACCUAUUGGCUAUGCAAAUCCUAUCGCAUCAGCAUGUGCCGCGCACGCUGCAUAACGCACCUGGGCAGGAUUAUAUCCGCGACGGGCGUGCACAAUCACCUGCCACAUAUGCGUGCUGGCAGCAGCAACAGCAGCAGCAACAACAACAACAGCAGCAAUGGUGCCCCAGCAAGUGGCAGCAAUGUCGCCACUGUAACAGUUACGCCAAAUCCAAAUCCGGGUCAGCUCAACUACAGCAUUUCGGAUGUCACGCAGUCAGCAGGCAGCGGCAGUAGCAGUGGCGGUGUCAGCUUGGAAGCUCAUCAGCCCUCAGCUAUGGGCAGCAGUUCAACUGUACGCCUGGGCCCCACCAUAUUCGCCAAUCAGUCUACGUCCGCAGCGGGGCCAGUCUUAACCACCAGUAGCGCUGCACACCACCCGCAUCAUCAUCAUCAUCAUCCUCAUCAUCACACGCAUCCACAUACGCUGCCAAAUCUGGUGGUGCAACAGCAUGCAGCCCACAGCAUGGACCACCACGUCAUGACGUCGUCGCCAGCUCCACCCAACAGCGUCAUACAAAAUAUGAUGCAUAAUCCAAAUCUGAUGCAUUUAUCGCAUACACAUCAUCAGCAUCAGCAGCAAGAUUCGCCGCAUCACUUGGAGCUUUCAGCGGCAGGACCUUCGCUGCUACCGAUCUCCCCCGCGCACAUGCAACAGAGCCCUCAGUCGAAUAGAAGCGGUCACUCCAUGCAUGGCAAUGGCAGCGCAACGCCACCACCACCAUCAGCAGCAGCAACCCAGGCUGUGGAGGCGAAUCAACAGCAACAGCAACAGCAUGUGGACUUGAAUGAGAGCGCAGGAUCCACAGCGCAUGUUAUUGACUCCAUAACCAUUUCGCCAGGCAGCGGACACAACUUUAAAAUAGAAAACAUGUAAAGGGAGGAGCAGAAUCGAACAUAAAUGUAAUUUAAGGCGCUUAGUUAGUGUUUUAUUAG